AAACGACAGAAUGAGGAAGGCUGUUUUGACGGCUCCUAUAGGACAGUCUUAUUAAAACCCCUUCGAUGAUUGGCGGUAGCGCCUCUGACUUCCUUUAUCAGAGGAGCGAGUGAUUGGCAAGAUCGCUGUAAGCGCGUGUGGCGCUGGUGAGUGGGAACUGCCAUGGCGGAGUCUGGAGAUGGGACGGAUUCGGAGACUGUCCCGGAGGGUUCGGCUGCUCUGUUGCUCCUGGCAGGCGGAGACGGAGAUGCCGAAGAGCUCGUGGAGGUGGUGGACCUGGAGUCAGGACCUGAUGAUCUGGCCAAUGAGAUAGAAGAUGUGGAUUUGGAAGAAGAAGAGGUUGCUUCUUGGGAGACUGAGGAGGAAGAUGAGGGGGUGGAGGAAGGCAUGGAGGCUCAGGAUGAUAGUGAGGUCACAUUUUCAAAGCACACAGCUUCUGUUUUUUGUGUCAGAAUUGAUCCCAAGACCAACACAUUGGCAGUGACAGGUGGAGAAGAUGACAAGGCCUAUGUAUGGUGCCUCAGUGAUGGUGAGCUCCUCUUUGAAUGCUCAGGUCACAAAGACUCUGUCACUUGUGCUGGUUUCAGCCAUGACUCCACAUUCGUGGCCACAGGUGAUAUGAGUGGACUGAUCAAAGUAUGGCGGGUGGACACCAAAGAGGAGAUCUGGUCUUUUGAAGUGGGUGACUUAGAGUGGAUGGAAUGGCACCCUCAGGCCCACGUCCUCCUAGCUGGCACAGCUGAUGGCAACUCUUGGAUGUGGAAGAUCCCUAGCGGAGAGUGCAAGACAUUUCAAGGGCCAAACUGUCCAGCCACUUGUGGACACGUCCUCCCUGACGGGAAGAGAGCUGUGGUUGGUUACGAAGAUGGGACUGUGCGCUUCUGGGAUCUGAAGCAAGGGAGCUCACUGCAUGUCUUAAAAGGUCAGGAUGGGCACCAGGGCCCUUUGACUUGUGUGGCCAGCAAUAAGGAUGGCAGCCUAGUCCUGACUGGCUCUGUUGACUGCCACACCAAGUUAGUGAACUCUGCAACUGGCAAGGUUGUCUUUGUGUUCAAAGGAGAGAGCAUUGUCCCAAAGCCUUCGGCGGGUGAAACUGAAGAAGUUGAAAUCAACUCGGUUGAGUCUCUGGGCUUCUGCAACAUAAUGCCAUUAGCAGCUGUUGGCUACUUGGAUGGAACCUUGGAUAUUUAUGACCUCGCCACUCAGACCCUGAGACACAAGUGUCAACAUGAGUCAGGGAUUGUGCAACUCCUGUGGGAAGAGAACUCGCCUGUAGUCUACACCUGCAGCCUGGACGGUGCUGUGUACCUCUGGGAUGCGCGUUCAGGCAAGCUGAUCAGCGAGUAUCGAGGCCACUCAGCUGAAAUCCUGGACUUUGCUUUGAACAAAGAUGCUUCCAUUGUGGUCACCACUUCUGGGGAUCACCAGGCCAAGGUGUUCUGUGUGCAGCGCCCUGACCGCUAACAGUGCUUCGGUCGGGCUGUGGUUGGACUGUGAAGAAAUAGACACACCCAUGUGGAUGCUGGCGGCUGCACUCCUGGGGCUGCACUAGGGUGGGCGGGGUUUGUGUAAUCACAUCUAAGGGGGCAUUUAACCUUUUGAGGAUAAAUCUUUGCCACCCUAUUCCCUGAUGGUUCCAGGCCUGCUUUCUGGAGUUUUGUACUUUUAAAAUGUAUAAGUUAUUCUGCAGGCCUGAAGCUUUGUGCAGCCAUAAAACGCCCUGGGCAAAUGUUGUCUGAUACAGGGCUGGAUCACUAACUCCAUUCAAUGUGACAGUUGCAGGGAAGUUGUGCCUGUGCUAAAUAGCAGGUAGACGCAUACAAAUCUUUUUCAGGUUCAGUCAGGGGUCUCUAUGUGUAUACUAGGAUUUUGCAGUCCUUUUAAUUGGAGGAAUUGCCCUGGAUUCUUCAGCCCAUAGACUGUGUCUGGUGGAUUGCUUUGCAGCCAUUGAAAUGACAUAAAUGCCCUCCCCUUCUUGAAAACCUUUGUCCUAAGAAUUGGUUCAAGAAAAUUAUUGGAUUGGGGAGUAAAAGUUCUGUUUUGUGCCCAAGUUCUGGUGCAUCAUCCUAGGAAAAUUGGUUAUGAGUGGUUGAAUAUAUCAGCCAGGGCUGGGUGUUAGAUUAACCCCUCCCCCUAAUACACCGUAAUGCAAUAAAAAGCUACCAACUUCACUUGGGUGUUUUGGAGCUGUUUGACUUUACUGAUGGCUUGCCUCUGCUUGGGAAGCUUGCUGAUAAGGGGGUGGGGGUGGGGAAGGCAGGCAGAGCACAGCGGAAGUAGCCCUUCACCCUCUUUCAGCUGGUUUCUCUGUCUUCCUAAAAGUUUCAGUAUGCAGUACUUAAUGGUGGUGGUUUUACUGUGUAGGAAAUCUUAUCAUAUGAGCAGCCAAAAACAUGAAUAUAGGGGCAGCUGUUCUAUAUGGUCUGUUCUGCGUGGCAUUUGACACUGUGAUGGGACUGGGUAGUUACAAGAAGCUACUUGGAGACUGGGAGUUCUGCAGUCAUUGGACAGAAGGUUAGGUGGGUGUUGCGCCAGCUUUGCUUUCCCAGCACAGUUCAUGCUGAGGGCAAAGCAAGAGUCACUUCCUGGCUGUGUGUCACCGGAUGACAAAUCUACCUACUGAAGCACACUGAACUUUCAUAAAACCUGUAGAAUGGAAUGCUGUGACUAAGUGCAUUUAUAUGCCUUUUUUCAACAACAUAAACAAGGCAGCCAGCCGACAACUUAAAAUACAGAAAAUAGUGAAGAUAUCUACAUGUUAAAAUCUGUGUGAAACUGGGAAGGUGGGGUAGAAUUAGCUUCCAGUGGUUUUCGGUACUAAACAGUCCCUUGGAUCAGAGUCUUUAAAAAAAUAAAAACCCUACUCCAAUAUGAAAUAUACUUCUGCCUCAGCUACCUAGUCAAAAGAUUUCCAGACACUUCUUGAGCAUUUUCUUACUUUUGGUUUAGUGAUUGUGUUGUUGCAGCAUCUCUUGAGAUACUGGCCCGAUCAUAUAGGGAUGCUUUCUUAACCUCUGAAGUAGCUCAGGUGUUCAGGCAGUGUAAUACCACUCUAAGAGACCUUAGUGAUCAGAAACGUUAUGUGGCCGUGACUUCAGUGACUGGCGUCUAACAAGCAAAGCUUUGACUUGUGAAAACUUAUACCCUGGAGAUCUUGUCAAUCAUUAAGGGGCUAUGGAAUCCAAAUCUCACUCUCCUACUGCAGACCAACAUGGCUUAUGCACCAGAAACUGUGUUUUGUGAGUGCCACUUCAAAAUUCAAAUUCAUUUCUGUUGUCUGAUAAAAUGAUCAUACCCACAAGAACAACAUUGAUCAUUUAACUGUUCAAUCCCCCUGUUUCUGAUCUCUCAAAACUUGCAUCCUGAAAAUCUAAAUGCUAAAAGUUUAUGGAAUUUUGGGUUGGAUUUGGCCUGCUUUCCACUCGGUUUUUCUCAGUUCUCUUUAUUACAGUCCAUUCCCCCCUCCCAGCCCAUAUAGCAUUUGUUCAUGUAGGUUUCAACAUCAGCAACAUAGUCUUUUUAGUAGUUAAUGGGGGUUCUCUCCUCCCAUUUUCACCAGUGAGAAAUGUAGUUAGAUCCAACCCAGUGCCAAGAACUCUCCAAAGGCACCAAGCAGCAUUGAUUUGAUUGCAGCAUUGUAAAAACAGUAUGAAGAUCUGACAGCAGCCCUACACUUAGGGUUGCCAUCUCUGAAGAUUUUGAUGUGGAGCUCAAGGAGGGGAGAGCAGGGUGAGUGACUUAAAUGAAGUAUAACGUCAUAGAAUCUAUUUUCAAAACUAGCCAUUUUCUGUAAGUGAGCUGAUCUCUGUUGCCUGGAGAUGUAAUAGCAGGAGAUUUCCAGCAGCAACCUAGCGGUUGGGAACCCUACCGGUAUUUACCGGAAGAUAUGCUUCUGCUUCCUUUAUCUGAUAACUCAGAGUGAAGCAACAUCAUCUUUUCAUGAAAGUAUUUGUGUCCAUGGAAAGUUUCACGAGCGAAUGCCUGAAACCUUAGACUUGAAAACUUCUGCACUGUAAUUAAGUCAAUCCUCUCUCCUUCAUGGCUGCACUGACUAUUAUUAUUUAAUUUUUCCAUUAAUAACUAAUAGAAACAUCUAUAUAAGAUCACAUGAAAUAAUAAUAACAGAUCUAAACUUGAUUACAAUUCUGGAAACUUAAACAGCAUAAUUAUACAAAUAAUGUUCUGUAAAAACAAGAUAACCAAUGGGAAGAUAAUAAUUUUAAAACGUUUGUAAUUAAUUACUAUUAUUACUAUUAUAAAUAUUUUCUUAUUUGAUAUAAUGUUCCACUCAAUUUUAGAAUCUUUCCUAACACAAUUAUUUCAUUACUGAGCCUAUGCAAACAGUUUAUUGUUUAGACAUAAUACAUUAACAAUAUGCUGCAUCAGUUAUUACUUUUUCAUUCAUGAAUAAUAUGAGAAAUACGUUUUCCAUUUGUCUUGGAAUUCUUGAUUAUCGAAUAAGGCCUCUUAUUCACGUAACUCACGAUUGUAGCCAUUACUGCAUACUCUCUUGAUUUAUAUUCCCGAUUCUCUAAGAUAUGGCUUUCAUGGCUGGCUUAACUCUUGAUGGAUUUGUGCCUGGAUCAGAGACCACACUGAACCUCUCCAGUUACAUUUUGCAACUGUUUCAGUUCCAGUUUUGGAUUUCCAGUUAAAGGCCAACCCUUUCCCAGCAUGUUUUAUCAUUGUUUACAAAUCUGUCGUUUGCAUUCCAGGGAGAAAAUAAAUUUUGACUUUGAUGGUAUCCAAUUAUAACAUGCAUUGUGAAACAAAAAUUUAAUAUUGGAGCCAAUUCUAAAAGUCCCUGGGAUCAUAUACAAUCAAACCAUCAUUUAAAAGAAAUGACAUUGGUGGGGUUUUGCUUCAUGAGCCUUAAAGGAUACUUCUUGCAGAGUCAGUAAGAUUACUAGUAAUCCUAUUGCACACACACAGUAAUAAGACUACUCUCAUUGGUAGAUCAUGGAUGAUGAUACAUUAUUUUGGAUCACAAAUAUCUUAUGGACUUUUUAUACUUCUUUACAAACUUGCAGUUGCACAGUUGGUGCUUUUCCAUACCUUUGCUGAUGUGAAGCAUCUAAGAUAGUGUAAAAGUGUAUCUCUUACUUCACCUCAAGCAUCCCAGAUGCCUCAGAGUCUACCAGUUGAGGGAACUUUCCAGCAGAGUGGAAAACAUCUCACGAGUGCUUUAAAACAUCUCUUCCAUCUGAGGAAAUGUUAGGAUCCAAAAGAAUCCUGGCCACAAUAUGAACCACACACACAUACAUCUCCAGGAAAUGUCUGAGAGGAAUCCAACAGUAGACACAGUAGACAGAAAUAUCUGCUGGAGGAGGGAGGUAUUGGACUUCUGUCACAGCAGCAAUGCUGUGGCUGACCUUAUUUGUGAAGAUUCAUAAUGAAAGCAUCAAACCAAUGCUUAAGAACUGCUUUUGAGAACUAAGGGGCUGGCAAGAGCAUAGGGUCCAGCCCCGACUGUCACAAUGGGGAGGCAGACUGGUGCACUGAGGAACUUAAUGAAAAGAAUGGAAUACAUUGUGCAUCAUGACCAUCUGGGUCAUCUCUGUUGAUACCUCUCCCCACUGGGUCAGGCCAGCAUUAGGAACGUCUCUUUUUGGACCCCACUUUCCCUAGGAUUACAGCCAGGUGGGGCCUGGAGUUAUCCAAGAAUUACAAUGAUUUCCAAACUAUAGAGAUCAGUUCAUCUUUGGGUUGUAACCUCUGAGUAGGGAAACCCUGGAGUCUGAGGAGAAUGAAGUUUAUAGAUGAGAGGGAGGUCAGUAGGAAUGCGAUGCCAUAGAGUUAUCCACCCUCUGAAAUUGCCUUUUUCUUCUGAGGAAGUUGGUCUAAGUGGUUUGGAGAGUCGAUUGUACCUGUAAACAGACAAGCCCUUGGAGAAAAUGGCAGAUUUGAAGGACCAACUCUCCCUUCCUCAGGCACUGCCCCAAAUCUCCAAGGAUCCCCCAAGCUGAAGCUGACAGCCCUCCUCUUAUAUUUUCCUUACAACAAUCAUGUGAAUUAAUCUGAGUUACUGGACUGGUACAAGGCCACACACACACAUAUUUCGAGUCUAACUGUCCAAAAAAUACUUAUUUUAGAGUUUUUACACAGGACAAUUGUACGCUUGCUAUCCAGUUUAAAGCUGGAUGGAGUUGAGAGAAGGUGCAAAGGACCAUGAGGGCGUUCCCUACAUUUGUUUUUCAGAUCGCAGAAAUGUCACCAUCCCAGGAGAAUCCAGGCUUUGGUUUUUGCCUCCCAGCUGACAGGACUGGUUGUCUUCCUUUAUUUUAAGCAAUAAAAGAUCCACAUCAGGUAUCUGAAUGCUUUUGGCAAGGCAACUGCCAUUUCCUGAGAGCUUCUAAAAAGAACAGAACAGAGCUGGACGCCGAGAACUUUGUUAUAUCUUCUCUCAGACAGGCUCUUAGUUUAAUGAGUAAUUGUUUAGGAGAUUACCAGAGGGAUGCUAAAAAUCGUUGGCUUUCCUGUGGUUGUUCAAAUUAGCAUUUAAAUGUUCAGAGGCAAUAAGCACCAUCUUUAUCCAACUGAAAGAGCAAAAAAUGUUCUACCCUUUAAAAUUCUAUCAGUUUGUUACACAAACAGGAAAGAAAUGAGUUAGUGCAUAUGUUUUUUGUUAUGAGAUAGUACUGGUAUGUUUUUGUUAUUUGCCCGCACAUUAGGCAGUGCUGCCUUUUAACAGAAAUAUUCCUUGAAGGAGAAGUUAAUGGGUACAUGAAUAUAUUAAUGGAAGAGACAGUAUCCUUACCAUGAAACGUAGGGGUUUAUCUCAGUUCCACCAGACCUGUAAGAUGGAGCAGUUCCAUGAGGGAUAUGUCUGAGGGCAGCAACGGUUCUUUAUCAAUUUUAGCUGACCUCCUUUUCCUCUCUCCUCCCUUUUCCAUUGUCCCCUUUCUUUGGUUUCCCUGUUUCAUUAUAGAUACGUGGAAAAUGUACUUAGGUAGUUCUUCCCUUUGCUGAAUACCAUCUAAGGGUGGCAUAGUUUAGCCUUGUAUUGAUUUUGUUGGCUGUACUGGGUUUAUUAGAAAUGUUGUUGUAGGCUACUGCGACCCUGUUGCAACAGGGGAGAGUGGGCUAGAAAUGAAAUAAAUAAAUAAAUUCUUUUAUCACUG